UUCCAGCCCAACAGGCUACUGCUUCGUUCUUAUCAGUUUCUAGGUCGAAAGCUGCCCAUUACGUGGCGUUUCGGUGAUCCAAAACACGGAUUUCAGCCUCUUAUUGCUAUCGGCGAAGAGUGAGCCCAAACUUGCGUACCCAUUUCAAUUUGUAUCUCGUUGAAGGAGGCUUUUGAGUGGACUCAAAAGGUCAUUUUCGUUUUGUGGCUCGUUGAAGGACCCAGACGGGCUAAAACAAGCGUUAGACCUGCUGUCGCGAGCAAAUAUCUAAUCGACAAGCAUAUCAGCGGAUACAGCCUCUACUAUCCACGCCAGUUCAACGAACCUUGCGCCCCUGCAAACCGCAUUCUCAACCAGUUCCGCUCGCUGUUCUAGGCAAAAGAUCCCCGCUAAAGUCAUCUUCGACAUGGUAUACACCUAACAAGCCCUUCAAGAUGUGGACCACGUUUCGUAAUCUGAAGAACAACAUCUCGGCGAUCGCGUCGGACGUGCUUGACACCGCAGAGGAGCUCGACCCGGGCCUCUUCAGCGGUAGCGGCGCCGGCUCCCCGUCUCAUCCCUCCUCCUCCGACUCCUACUCCGAAGGCUCCUCUGCUGAAUCUACCCCAGAGAAGCAGGGCAAAGCGGGACCCGAGGAUCCUUCGCAGCUACAGUGGCCAACCGCAGCAGGAGGGUUUCGCGCCAAGCGGGGCCCUCUUCCCUUCCAUCAGCAACCCGCCUCUCGCCUGCAAGAGACCCCAGACCCUACUCUACCGAGGGUUUCUCCCCCCACUUCCCAAGACCCUCCCUCUGACCCGAAUUCAAGGGCCCGGGAUGUCACUGCUGAGGGAUCACAGCGCGCCAACCCGAGUAGUCACAUUCAAAGUAGUCACACUCGAGAUUCGGACCUGAUUCCGCAUGGAAGCCCUCUGCAGCAUACUACUCGGCCACCGGCAGCAACUGCUGGAGACGCACCUGUGGGAGGAAGGGAGAGCCCCUUUGGCGCCCCUCUGUUUCAUACAGGCGCUGCAGGGUCCGCGCCAGCUGCUGGAGUGAAACGGCAGCAGCAGGAACCACAUCAGCAGCAGCACCACCACCACCACCAUCACCAUCAGCCGCAGCAGCAGCACGAAUUGCAUCAGUCGCAGCACCAGGCGCAGCAGCAGAAAGGCUCGACUGGUGGGUCCUUCUCACAGCCCCCACAACAGAGGCCUCCGCCUCCUGCUGCCCGUGGACCUCCACCAUAUGGGCCUUCCCCAAAUGGGCCUCCCCCUCAUGGGCCUCCCCCACAUGGCCCUCCCCCAUUCGGGUCUCCUCCAAAGGGCCCUCCACCAAUUAGACCUCCCCGCAAUGGACCUCCCCAAGUGGGACCUCCCCCAAUGAGACCUCCCUCUUAUGGACAAGCGCCUGCAGCCGCAUUAGCAGCAGCACCAGCAGCCACAUCAUCAUCGUCAGCAGCAGCAGCAGCCGCACCAGUAGCCGCAUCAGCAGCAGUAGCAUCCGCAGCUGAAGCUGCUGAUGACGUGGCAGGGCAGAGAACCAAGGGGAGGGGUGGGGGUACCGGGGAGGGGACGAGGAGGAGUGGGGAGGAGCAGAGGAGGGGAGAGGGGGAAGGGCAGCACGCCGGAGAGAAAGAGGGAGAGGUGGUGAGGUUAAGGGAGGAGCAGCAGAGAUUGGAGGGGGAACUGAGGGCUGUGCGGAGUGAGAUGGAGCGGGAAAGGGCUGGUGCUAAACAGCUAGCUCAACGGAUGGAAGGUGGUCGAGAGGGGUGGGAAUCAGCCGUUCAGGAGUGCAGCAUUCUCAAAGCCGAGAGGCAGCGGCUAUUCAGCGAUCUGGCGGAGGCGCACGAGAGAAUAAAACAGGAAGCCGCAGCCAGACAGCAAGCAGAGGGAGCGCUGAGGAAGGUGGAGGCUCAAUUGGCGCAGGCAGUAGCUGCUGCUGACGCCGCCCAGGCCACAUGGCAGUCCGAACUUCAGCAGCUGUCCUGCCAGCUCGCUGAGGCUCGGGCUGCCGAGGCUGCGGCCCAGCUUCGGGCCGCCUCAGCUGCUGCUCCAGCAGCUGCGGCUGCUGCUCAGACAGAGGAGCUAUGCCAACUAAGGGCCAAGCUGAUAGCAGCACAGGAGGCUCUCUCCUCCCAGCACGCCUCAUUCCAGUCCUCCCUGCAGCAGCUAAGGGAGGAGUGCGACCGCCAGGUGAAAGCAGCAGAGGCCCAGGUGAAAGCAGUAGAGGCCCAGGUGAAAGCAGCAGAGGCGAAGAGAAGGGAAGCGGAGGAAGCGGCAGAGUCGAAAGCAACAGCUGCGAUAGUUGCUAUGGAAGAGGAAGCAGUGAGACGGAUAGCAGCAGCAGAGGCUCAGGUGAAAGCAGCAGAGGUCCAGGUGAAAGCAGCAGAGGGCCAGGUGAAAGCAGCAGAGGCGAAAGCAACAGCUGCGGUAGUAGCAAUGGAGGAGGAGGCAGUGAGGCGGAUAGCAGCAGCAGUGAGGGCAGCAGAGAGGGAGGCAGAGGCGAAAAGAGCAGAGGCGGAGGAAGCAGCAGCGGUGCAGAGAGGGGAGCUGGAAGGCGUGCUGAAUGCGAUGAAGGGGGAGAGGGACAAGGCGAGGAGAGACCUGGCGAGGCUGAAGGAGCACCUGCUGGAGCUGGAAACUACCGAAUUAGUGAAGGUGGAGCAUGAGGCCGAUCAGAUCAAAUCCCUCGAGGCCCAGCUACAGGACAAAAGCCGCGAGCUGGCAUCCCUGCAAUCCGCACUAGCAGAUGCACGAGCCGCAGCAGAAGCUUCCAGGAAGGAGGCGGAGAGCAGGGCAAAGGAGGUAGAGGAGGAGGAGAGUAGGAGGGAGAAGGAGAGGGAGGAGGCAGAGAAUGAGAGGCAGGUGCUGAGGGCAGAGAUAGAGGCGAGGGACCUGGAGUUGAACAAUCUACAGGCAGCCUUGGGGCAGUUCUAUGCCGAAGCUGAGGCUCAGAACCGUUUGGCAGCAGAUCUAGCUGCAGCAAGGGAUGACAACACCAAACUGGCAGAGCAACUGCGGCUCGCCAAGGAGCUAGCAAGCCAAAGGGAGGAGGAGGUACAGAAAGCAGAGAGCAGGGCAGCAGAGGCAGAGAAAGGGAGGGUAGCUGCGGUGGUGGGGGAGCAGAGGGCAGGGAACGAGCUGUCGAAGGUGCGACAGGCGCUGGAGCAGUGCAUGGUGCGGCUCAACCGGAUGUCCUCGGAUUCUGACUUCACUGUGGACAGGAGAAUCGUGAUCAAGCUUCUCGUGACCUAUUUCCAGCGAAAGCACAGCAAGGAGGUUCUUGACCUCAUGGCUCGAAUCCUUGGAUUUUCAGAGGAGGACAAGCAGCGGGUGGGGCUGGCGGCAGCAGGUCACAUGGGGGUGGGAGGAGCAGGAGCAGGAGGGGUGAGGGGCGUGUUUGGGCUCCCAGGAAGGCUCGUUGGAGGGCUGUUUGGGGGCGGAGCGAGUGUGGGGGGAGUGGGGGGGAGCACUGGCGCUCUGGCGAGUAUUGCAGAUGACAGCACGACAUUCACGGACCUCUGGAUCGACUUCCUUCUCAAGGAGUCAGAGUCAAGGGAUCGCAAAGACUUGCCGUCAGACCCCUCGUUUCAGUCACACACUGCAAGCCAGCAGCAGCAGCAGCAACUCUCUCAUUUCAACCAGCACCAGCAAGACCAGCAGUAUCACCAGCAGCAGCACCAGCCGCAGCAGCCGCAGGAGCGGCAAUCCCAGCAGCGUUCCUCCUCCCACCCCUCCUCUCCCCGCUCCUCGUUCUACACCCCCUCUCCCUCUAGUCCCCCUCGCUCUUCCUUCUAUACUCCCGCUCCCUCUAGCCCUCCUCGCCUGCCCGGCUACCCCUCGCUCUCUGGUGCUGCAGGCAGCCCGCCAAAAUAUUUCCAGCCCGUGUCGCCACGCGCCAUGGGAGGCGGGCUGGGUGGCGGGGCAGGUGGAUAUAUUUUGUCGCCAACCGGGGGCAGGUGGAGAAGCAGCACCAGCCCCCAGAGGGAGUCUUCCCAGGCUGUAGCCCAGUAUGUGGCAGCCCCGGUUGUAUCAGCACCAGCUGUAGCACCGGCUGUAGCACUGGGCUUUUCAGCAGUGGGGCCGCUGCAGCAGGCAGGGGAAGGGUUAAACUACAGCCUUGGGCGAAUGUCGGACCACAACCCAGCUGGGCUUACAGGGGCAGCAUCGGCAGCUGUAGCGGCAUCACUCGUAGCAGGUGCAGCUGCUGUAGGAGCAGGGGGAGCAGGAGCUGGAUCAGGAGCAGGAGCGGCAGCAGCAGGAGGAGGGGGGGGGGAGUUGUCAUUUGUAGGAGCAGCAGCCCAGCCCCAUAGGGACUCUCUGCACCACCUCCCAUCUCCUUACCUGCCUGGGAUACCUGGGCUUAGCAGUGGCAUGAGCAGUAUGCACGGAACAGGCGGCACAGGGGGCAUUUCAGCUGCAGUUGCAGGUGCAUCAGGUGGUUUUUCAGGUGGUCCUGCCGCGACAGCCGUAAUUGGAGGAGGGGCAGCAGUAUCGGGCAUUCCAGGGGAGCUCUGGAGUGGGUCUGGAGGGGCAGGGGGAGGUGUAACUGGUGCAGGUGGGAUCAUGGGCACCGGACCAGGAACAGUAGGGCUGGCUCCAGGAAUAGGGCUACUGCGCAGUGGGAGUGGUAGUGGCAUGCCACAGGCUUACCCUCAGUCGAGCAUACACAAGCAGGGGUCUGGGGGCGCCAGCAGUAGUAGUGGGCUUUUCAGUGCAAGUGCUGGAGGCAUGGUGGGGGUGGCUGGUGAUUUGGAUAUGGAUGCUAGUGGUAAUGCGUCAGAGUUUUCAUCCGUGCCUUUAAAUUUGGGCCCCAGGCAAAAGGCCACUGCAGCGCUGUCGUCGCUGUCGGCUCGUAGUGGGCAAGUGGUGGUGAGUGCGGCUCGUAACCUAUUUGGGCAACAAGAGAAUGAGUCCGCGUUGCAAUUAUAGUCUCCCUGUAGCGGGCUGGGUUGUCGAAUGUUAACGUGAUGAUGUAUAAUCUGGUUUUGGAUCGGAUUUAUGUCUGAUAGGGCAACAAUAGUUGUAUCUUAAGAUUGCGUAGUGUUGAUUUAAAACU